GGCGUGAAGGAGUUAUCACAGUGGGAGAAAGAGUUUCUGAGGAAGCUGGUGGAUUUUUUUUGGGGAUGCCUAAGAACUUCCACUGACAGACCACUUUCUACCGUCAACUCCUGCAGCAUUUCCUUUCCCUUCACAGGCCUUGUGUGACCUGUCUGGUUGUACAGGUUCAUCCAUUGCAAGCAAACUAUACUCUGGGAGUGUGUGGUAACUCUGGACCAUGCUCUCCCUCUGGUUGUUCUUGCUCCCUUGCUUGAGCUUUGUGACUCUGGCACCGGCCGAGAAGGGCCUGGAGUUCCCACAGUACGAUGGGAAGGACCGUGUUCUUGAUAUUAAUGACAAGAACUACAAGAAAGCCUUGAAGAAGUACAAUAUGCUUUGCUUAUAUUACCAUGAGCCCAUACCAGACAACAAGCAGCUGCAGAAACGACACCAGAUGAUUGAGUUGGUGCUGGAGCUCGUAGCUCAGGUAAUGGAGGAGAAGGACAUUGGUUUUGGGAUGGUUGACUCGCAAAAAGAUGCAAAGGUGGCAAAGAAACUCGGCUUGGAGGAGGAGGGAAGUGUGUAUGUUUUUAAGGAGGACAGAAUGAUCGAGUUUGAUGGCUUUCUUUCUGCUAACAUUCUGGCAGAGUUCUUGCUGGACCUAUUGGAUGAGCCAGUGGAAAUUAUAGAAAAUGCUUUGGAGUUGAGAGCCUUUGAUAGAAUGGAGGAGGACAUCCGGCUCAUUGGCUUCUUCAAGAAUGAAGACUCUGAGCAUUAUGAAGCAUUUAAAGAAGCUGCAGAGCAGUUUCAGCCCUACAUAAAAUUUUUUGCCACAUUUGAGAAAUCUGUGGCCAAGGAGCUGACUCUGAAAAUGAAUGAGGUAGACUUUUAUGAGCCCUUCAUGGAGGAGCCCGUCACCAUUCCAGGCAAGCCUCACUCUGAGGAGGAACUGGUCGACUUCAUAACCGAACACAGACGACCAACCCUUCGAAAGCUGCGUCCAGAAGAUAUGUUUGAAACCUGGGAGGAUGAUAUCGAGGGCAUCCACAUUGUGGCUUUUGCAGAGGAGGAGGACCCUGAUGGUUAUGAAUUCCUGGAGAUCUUAAAGGAAGUGGCCAGAGACAACACUCACCUGCCUGACCUCAGCAUCAUCUGGAUUGAUCCUGAUGACUUCCCACUGCUGAUUCCCUACUGGGAAAAGACCUUCAAGGUGGACCUGUUCAGACCACAGAUUGGGGUUGUCAAUGUUACAGAUGCGGAUAGCGUGUGGAUGGAAAUGGAAGAUGAGGAGGACUUGCCCACAGCUCAGGAGCUGGAGGACUGGGUUGAAGAUGUGCUCUCAGGCAAAGUUAAUACUGAAGAUGAUGAUGAUGAUGAUGAUGACGAUGAUGAUGAUGAUGACGACGAUGAUGAUGAUGAUAAGGAUGAUGACAAUGAUAAUGACAAUGAUGAUAAUGAUGAUGAGGACAAUGAUGAUGAUGAUGAUAACGACAAUGAUGAUGAUGAGGAUGUGGAAGAUGGCAAUGAUGAUGAUGAUGAUGAUGAUGAUGAUGAUGAUGAGUAAUCAAUAAUCUGCAAGUAGUAAAUGCUUCCUUCUCCUCAGUGAGUCACAUUUUAUAUUAGAAACAUUUUUUAUCUGUAAAUGAGCCUGGAAUCUUGAAUCCUGGAAGUUUUUGGGAUUUGAAUUUAAAAAAUGGGAAAUGUGCUUAAAAAUCUGGAUAAGAUGUAGCAACUGGUGAAUAAAUAAAUGUGAUUGUUAAAAAAAGAAGAACUUUUAAAACGAACAGCUUUGACAACAAAAUAACUGAAUCUUCUGGUGUAAAAUGCUAUGAGAGCAUCUGCCAGUCUCAUCUACUAAAUGAGUGUAGCAGGAAGUAGAUUCAACCUCAGAUCAGCUCCAGUGUGGAGUGUAUUUUUAAUGUCUGUAAUUAUAAUUGGUCUUAUUUGGAAUGUGUAAGUGGCUCCUAAACAUUUUCAUUUCAGAGAAACUUUUUUUUAUCUCCGUUGUCUCUGCUACAGCUGCAAGAUGCAAAGAGGGAGAAAAGGAGUUCAUCAGGAAAUAGCCUAGUUGCCAUGGCAACUUUUCAGCCCCUAGUGAUCAAAUGUUGCAGAGAAGGAUGACUUGGCAACUUCAUAAAUGAAUGUUUAUUUAAAAAGAUAUAAAUCUGAAUAGAUAACUUUUGUUAAGUUAUUGGCUGUCAACAAACAAACAUGCAACCUCUUGGUUGAUUUCUGUUUGUCAUGGCCUUUGUUUUGAGCAGCUGGAUAGACACACAGCAGAUCAGAGCUGGGAAGUGUGAUGUGGUAAGGAAGCUGCUCAACUGUGCUGUUUUUUUAUAGUAUCAAACCCACCAUAUUAACACCAUAAUUAGCCUGGCACAUGUGGUUCUUGUGGACAUCUGUUUGCUUGAUUGAAGCUUUAGACACAUUCUGUCUGAGUAAAGAUCACAUAAGCUCUCAAAUUUGAAAUCAAAGCCACCCAAUUUUGAUUAAGAAUUGGAAAAAGCUGUUGCCUCUGAAAAUGACUGAAUGCGAGUCGUUUUGUUGAAAUGCAUCUCUUAUUUCAGCCCAUUGGUGCUGCUGUUCUAGAGACAUGAAACUUGGCAAAAAGAACAUGUUGAGUGUAAUUAAUAAGUCGGCCAAAUGUGAAGAUAUCCAGGCAUAUGGUUCCAGAAACUGCCACAGACCAGCAAAAGAAGAGAGAAGAUUAAGAAAAGCAAAGUAGUUUUCAAUGUAGUUUCCAACCAUUUUAGCCUCUAGAUAGUGCAUAUGGGAUUUCUUAUUAUAUUUAUGUAUUUUUGUAAAUUUGCCAGUACAAAGAGUGCUUCAAUUGCUUUUUUAAAAAAAAAAUGCAAUUCCUUUUACUCUCAUUUAAUCUUAGAGCUUCAGCUCGUUGCCAUUAUUGAGAGUAAAAAUGAGUUUGACUGGUAAAUGUGUUUUCCCCUUUCAGUUGCUUUUAU